AUAUUUUCAUGUUUGAGUUUUAAAAGGAGAAAAAAGAUUGAGUUUGCAUAAAAUAAAAAAAAGAAAGAAAGAAAAAACAGGGUGAGAAAUGGACCAUUGAAUGGAAGAAAUGGAAUUAAAAAUAAAAAUUGUUGCCCACACGAGAACUAGAAGCAAGGAGAGCCUUUGCCCCCGUUUUAUUGGCAUCCAUCUUCCUCCACCUUUUUUCCCUCUCCAAUCUCCAUAGCCAGCCCACCCAGAUCUUUCACUUUUCGACCUUCCUCUGUUCUUUUGUUUUUUCUGUGUUUCUGAUUACUCCUACACAGAUCGAUGAGGAGGCUAUGUCCGAACAUCGACCGGGACGACGGCCUGGAGACGAUUCUGGAGGUUCCGAUACCGGAGGAAAUGUUCACCAGCAUGGGCAGCAACGUCACCCUCCGAUGGCAGAACAUGUCCACAUGGAUGAGAGCUCAGACCUCCGAUAAAUGGUCCUCCCCCAUCAUCGCCAAUCGCUUCAACGAGCUCCGAUUCCUCCUCUACCUCGUCGGAUCCCCCCUCAUCCCUCUCCAGGUCCAGCUCGGCCAUUCCAUCCACCGCCCCCUCAGAGAUUCCUCCAUUGAAGCGUCGACGGCGAAAUACAUAGUGCAGCAGUACAUAGCGGCGACGGGAGGUCCGGCGGCGUUGAAUUCGGUGCAGAGCAUGUGCGUGACAGGGCAGGUGAAGAUUAAGGCCUCCGAUUUCCAUCUCUCCGACGAGAGCAUCGARGUGAAGAAGAGCACCGAAGAGAUCGGCGGGUUCGUGCUCUGGCAGAAGAAUCCCGAUCUCUGGUGCUUGGAGCUCGUGGUUUCCGGCUGUAAAGUCAUCUGCGGCUCCAACGGCAAGGUUUCAUGGCGCCACUCCUCCAAUAACAACCAUUCCCCCAUUUCCAGUGGCCCUCCUAGACCCUUGCGCCGAUUCCUUCAGGGUUUGGAUCCAAGAGCGACGGCGAACUUAUUCAUCGACGCGAUGUGCAUCGGGGAGAAGAUAAUCAACGACGAGGAUUGCUUCAUCCUGAAGCUGGAAACGAGCCCGGCGAUUCGGGAGGCGCAGAGCGGGCCGAACUACGAGAUAAUCCACCACACGAUUUGGGGGUAUUUCAGCCAGCGAUCGGGGCUUAUGAUCCAAUUCGAGGACUCGCGGCUUCUGAGGAUGCGAACCAAGGGGGACGAGGACGUCUUCUGGGAGACGAGCACCGAAUCGGUGAUGGAGAGUUACCGGUACGUGGACGGCGUCAACAUCUCCCACAGCGGCAAGACCAACUUCACCGUUUUCAGAUACGGCGAACAGUCUGCCAACCACAAGAGGGAGAUGGAGGAGACCUGGAAAAUCGAAGAGGUGGAUUUCAAUGUUUGGGGCUUGACCGCGGAGAGCUUUCUCCCGCCGCCCGGCGCCGCCCUCUCCAAUGAUCAUUAGAGGCGGCGAUUGCUUGUGCCUCAUGGAGAAAUCGUAAUUCUUCUUCUGUAUAUACAAAACUAAAAUGGCCAUUU